CUUGCAGGCAUAUUCCUUGCAGCAUCUAUCUAUAUAAUGACCUGCUCCCAUCACCAUCACCAUCUUCCACAACUCCAGCAAUUAAUCCUUCAAGAAUCACAGAAACAUAUAUAGCUAUCCACCAUGGACACCACGGCAAGCUGCAGCUUGCCCGACGCCUGGCCGGAGCCCGUCGUCCCGGUGCAAUCCUUGUCGGAAGCCGGCGUCUCCGCCGUGCCGCCGCAAUACAUCAAGCCGCCACAGGAUCGCCCGGUUCUCCCCGCGCCAAGCCUCGACGUCCCCACCGUCGACGUCGCCGCGUUCCUCGACCUCGACGGCGCCGCCGCCGCUUGCGCUGCUGCCGAGCAGCUGAAGAACCUAGCCGAGGCAUGCUCGAAGCAUGGCUUCUUCCAGGUUGUCAACCAUGGCGUGCAGGCAAGCACCGUGGAGAGGAUGAGAGGCGCGUGGAGGAGGUUCUUUGCCCUAGAGAUGGAGGAGAAGAAGGCGUGCUCCAACUCGCCGUCGGCGCCGGAAGGGUACGGCAGCCGCGCCGGAGUCGAGAAGGGAGCUCUCCUUGACUGGGGUGACUACUAUUUCCUCAACAUUUUGCCGAGGGAGAUCAAGCGUCGUAACAAGUGGCCAAAAUCACCGCAUGACCUAAGGGAGAUCACGGAGGAUUACGGGCGUGAUCUGAUGAAUCUCUGUGAAGUGCUACUCAAAGCCAUGUCGCUGAGCUUGGGAUUAGGUGAGAACCAACUCCACGCGGCCUUCGGCAGCGACGACGGCAUCUCGGCGUGCAUGCGAGUGAACUACUACCCCAAGUGCCCCCAGCCGGAGCUAACGCUGGGCAUCUCCUCCCACUCCGACGCCGGCGGCAUCGCCGUGCUUCUCGCCGACGACCGUGUGAAGGGGACGCAGGUGCUAAAGGGGGACACGUGGUACACGGUGCAGCCGAUCCCCAAUGCAUUUCUAGUCAACGUUGGCGACCAGAUUCAGAUCAUAAGCAACGACAAGUACAAGAGCGUGGAGCACCGCGCAGUGGCGAGCUCCGAUGACGCGCGGUUCACCGUCGCCUUCUUCUGCAACCCUAGCGGGAACCUUCCGAUCGGCCCGGCAGCUCAGCUGGUGAGCUCGCAGUCGCCGGCGCUCUACACGCCCAUCGUCUUCGACGAGUACCGCAGGUUCUCCCGCAGGAGGGGGCUCAAAGGGAAGUCCCAGCUCGAGGCCAUGAAGAACAGCAAGGUGCACUGAGCAAGCUAUAUAUGUAAUAGAAUGUCAGAAAAACCGUACGUGGUGACGUUCUCUCUUAAAAAUGAUCUGUAAUGUUGGCGUUGUCAUUAAUCCUAACGAUUUUCAUUAUUAUUCUUUAUAGAUAGCUCAAGUGGAACUUAUUGCCUA